CAACGGUUCAGUUAGUGGUUGACUCCCCUCAUCUUAGUCAACUAAAAACACCUUCUUCUCUGUCAAUCUAGACCCUUCUUUUGUUCUAUACAUUGUUGGGGGAUUCUGUUGCGGCUUAUAAUCUGGCUUGGACUCCACAGAUCAAGCCACUUGCCAUAUAUUCCUUCAUCCAUUCCAGCAGGCCUGCUGUUUGUUCUUCAUCUCUUCUACCUCAAACUGCCACACCCCGCAACUUCUAAUAAUGAGCUCUCAUGUCGUGGUCUUAGACUCGACAGCUCGAAGAGCGACUGUCAAGACUACACCGGGCAAACACCUUACCGAGAUCCUGCAAGAGGCCUGCACUAAGCUAGGUGUAGAUCCUAGUCAACAUGGGUUGAAGUACAAAGGUAAAGAGCUCGACAUGUCGCUCGUCUUUCGUCUAUCCGGACUUACCUCCGGUGCCAAGUUGGAGCUGGUUCAAUCAUCUCGGUCCCCCUCUGUCGUCACAGUUGCGUUACAGCUUCCGGAGUCAGAGGCACGGGGGGCUCCCAACGGCCGGCUCAUGGACAAGUUCCCGAGCACGACAACAAUCUGGUUCAUCCUGCGCAAGUUCGAGGCGGGCGUUGCAGGCGGUACGUCUAAAACCCGCAACCUGACGGGUCGCGGUGUACCAAGUGGCAACGAGGGCGCAGGUCGACUAUACUACGAGACUCCAGUGGUUCAGGUCUUGCAGCGGGAACUCUGCUCUUUUGCAGAUUUCCAGAAAUCCCUAGCACAACUGGGCUUUAACAGCGGGAAUGUGUUGCUAAGGCUCAGCUUCCGGCGGACGGAAGAGCCCAUGGAACAAGCGAUGGGCAAGAUCCAAGAAUACUUCCAGACCUCCGAGGACAUGAGGCCGAAGCCCGAGGAACAGCCUACAUCGACAGGAGUGCCUCUAGAGGAAGAUAUUGCGGAACAGCGAGACUCUGAGCUCGAGCCCCACCCCGCCUCUACCCCCGCGACCGAAGCAGUACCAGAAGAGACUGCUCCUCCCGCCUCUCAAACCACUGUGCCAGCCCCAAGUCCUUCCGAAGUCCCUGCUGGUUUCUCCCGCCCCGUGACCGUCUUCUCUCCUCCGUCUGGCGACACUCCGCAGUCGGCGCAAACCACCUAUAAUGAAGCCGACUAUAUCCCAUCCGUGGACCACGCCCAAGCUCACCAACGUCGACUGAACGCCGCCUCGCGACCCCAACGACUCCCCACUGACGCCGAAAUUGCCGCCAAAGUAGCCGCCGAGGAGGAGAAGCUGGCAGCAAUCGCCGAAGUGGAGGUAAAGGUCCGUCUACCCGACCAAAGCCAGGUCGUCGCCAAGUUCGGCCGGGACGACACGGGGCGGGCACUUUACGACUUUGUGCGCAACUGCCUGGCGGCGCCCUUCGCCGACACCGAGAAGUUCACCAUCACAUACCUCCCGGUCAGCUCGGCGGUCUCACGAGGCGGAAGCGCCAGGAAGAUCCAGGAGGUGAUCCCAGAUUCGGAUCGGACGCUGCUGAUCCGAGACCUGGGACUGGCGGGCCGGGUGCUGGUCAACUUCAGCUGGGAUGCGAGUGCUUCGCAGGCGGCUCACUCGAGCCGCGAGCUCCUGAAGCCGGAGCUGCGGACCCGGGCCCAGGAAAUCAAGGUGGAGCAGCCCCCGGAUGUGAUGGAGACGGCUGAAGACGUGCGCGGCCGGACACUGGGGGCUACGGGCAGUAGUGAGACCAAGACGGGCGAGAAGCGGAAACCUGGUGGGAUACCCAAAUGGUUGAAGUUGCCAGGCAAGAAAUGAGAUGCUUGCCUCUAUGAAGCAUCUGAUGAUUAGAAGGAGUGAUGUUAGAUAAUGAAUAGGAUGAAUGAUUCGC